AUGCAGCUGCUGUCGAAAGGGCUCAAGGUAUCAAGCCAGCUGAUGUUGAUGAAGUCUUUUUUGAAUCCUGCCAGACAAGCUGCCAUUGGCGCUGGUCUCCCAGAGUCCACAAUUUGCACAACCGUCAACAAAGUCUGCGCCUCUGGCUUGAAGGCGGUUAUUCUGGGCGCUCAGACUAUCUUGACUGGCGGCGCCGACGUUGUUGUCGCUGGCGGCACUGAGUCGAUGUCGAACACUCCUCAUUAUAUCCCCAACUUGCGGACUGGGGCCAAGUACGGUCAUCAGACUCUUGUGGACGGGGUCAUGAAAGAUGGUCUUACAGAUGCCUACGGGAAGCAGGAGCUCAUGGGCCUGCAAGCCGAGGAGUGUGCUCAGGAUCAUGGAUUCAACCGUGAGCAACAGGACGACUAUGCAAUCCGUACAUAUCAGCGUGCUCAAGCUGCCCAGAAGGCCGGCCUUUUUGAUGAAGAGAUUGCGCCCAUUGAGCUCCCGGGCAUCAGAGGAAAACCCGGUGUGACAGUUUCACAGGAUGAGGAGCCGAAGAAUCUCAAUCCCGAAAAACUGCGAACGAUCAAGCCCGCCUUCAUUCCUGGCACUGGAACGGUCACUGCACCAAAUUCGUCGCCACUGAACGAUGGCGCUGCCGCUGUUGUCCUCGUUUCGGAGGCAAAAUUGAAGGAGCUUAACCUGAAGCCUAUUGCCAAGAUCCUCAGUUGGGCGGACGCCGCUCAAGCACCUAACAAGUUCACCACUUCUCCCUCACUUGCGAUUCCCAAGGCGCUCAAGAAAGCCGGCUUAUCUCUGGAUGACAUUGAUGCGUUUGAAAUCAACGAGGCAUUCAGCGUGGUUGCCCUUGCAAACAUCAAGUUGCUUGGUCUCUCAGAGGACAAGGUCAACAUUCACGGCGGUGCUGUUGCCAUCGGCCAUCCCCUUGGAGCUAGUGGAGCACGCAUUCUGACGACCUUGCUUGGUGUUUUGAAGGCCAAGAAGGGCAAGCUUGGAUGUGCCGGUAUUUGCAAUGGAGGCGGCGGCGCCAGCGCUCUGGUGGUGGAGUCGCUCCAGUAA